AUGGAUAACCUUCGCUUGAGUGUCAUAGCUGUGGUCCUUCACUUUCAUCUUCCUGGAUCAGUGGGAGCCAAGUCACAGCAGGUUGUUGUUGAUACACAUCACCCUUCAGACUGCAGGUGGGAUGGGGAGUUCUCAGUGAAUUGUUCGUUUACCGGAACGUCUACUAUUCCAGAAGAUGUAUCGCAAACAGCAGUAACAGCUGAUUUUAGUUACAAUAAUAUUAAAACUUUUAUGUGCACUGAUGGAAGCAAUGAAGAAUGGAUGCUAAAACACUUGAAUCUCAGUAACAACCUGAUUUCUGAACUCUCCUUCACCACUUUUAGAAAUUUACCCCUUUUAGAAACGCUAAACCUCAAUGGUAAUGCCAUCCGCACCCUCACGCUGGACGUACCUACGCCUGCACGUGGGUCUGAAAAGUAUGGAAAAGGCUGUCGUCUCCUGCCUGCUUUGAAAGUAUUGUCAGUUGAAAGAAAUAAUCUUAAUACAGUUCCAAGAGGACUAGGCCUGCUGCAGUCUUUACAAACUGUCCGCCUGUCAUCCAAUGCCAUACGACAGAUUGAUCUGAAUGAUUUUCAAAACUGUUCACAGCUGCAGGACAUCGACUUGCAAAACAACAAGAUAACUAAAAUUCAUCCGGACGCCUUCAGGCAUCUCAACAAAUUACAGGUUGUGGAUCUCCGUGAAAAUGCUCUGACAACCCCUUUACCACAGAUACUAAUCAGUUUGAACUUCUUUCGACUUGAAGUGGGUUUGCCAAAUAACACCUGGAUCUUUAACUCCAGACUAAAUGCUUUCAAACAUUUAUUUUAUUUUCUUUUUGACUCCACGAGGAAAAAAUGGAGUAUUUCGUACAGUAAAUCUGCCAACAACUCACAGAAACCUCUGCUGUACCUUUCAAGUUUCCAUUUAAACUGCAGCGACAGCGUUUUGUUCAAGAGGGCUGUAAUCCCAACGGGGAAGACAUCGGUGCUAAGCUGUGACUUGGAUAACACAAGGGGUAAUGGAGUCUCUUGGUGGACACCUAAAGGCAGAAUUUCAAAAGAUAAUAGUUUUCCUCAUAUGACACUGGAUAAAAUGAAUAAUUUAGUGAUACACAAUGCUGAGAAAACUGCUGAAGGGUUAUAUUUGUGUAUUUUUAAUACAACAAAGGAGAAAUAUCUCCUCUAUAAUAUACAGGUGAAAGAAAGGGUUUCAACAUUUUUGACUAGAAAAGCCCGGGACACUACCACUGUUUUUAGACAAGGAAGAACGGAGCAAGACCUUACUUUGGCUGUCUGCCUCUCGGUGCUCAUCACGUUUGUUUGUGCUUUUUGUCUGGGUGCUUUUGCUAGACCCUACCUUGUGAGCCUGUGGAGACUCAUGUGCAGGAACAAAAAUUCAGGUUCAGAACACACUUAUUCUAACCAAGCUUUUUCAGAUGAAACCUUGAGCAGAGAGUGCUCUGCAAGCAAACCAACAAAUCUGCAGCAUAAUUUGUUCAUUUAUGAUGAGAAUUCCUCAAGAAACACAUGCAUUUUUCCUACAGAAACUUCUACUUUGCAUGAAAAUUUCAUUGAUAGCAGCAUACAUGCACCAGAAGAGUACCAGAAACAAAGCAAUAAUGAGAUCAACGUGAAGAAAAAAACAGUGUUUUCAGACAUCAAAACUAGUAUCAGCAAUGAUAAAAAUAUAAAUGUUGAUAAUAAUGGACUACUUUCUGUAAGGACAGAUUACAAGAACAGCAAUGAAGUAAGGCCAAGAAAAUUAACGACUAAUAACGUUUCAUUAUGGAAAGAUUCACUGACUCACACUGACUCUUCAGAUUCGGAUUUAUCUGUCACGGGAGAAACUGGCUUUCCAUCUUCCACAGCACAAACACAUACAGUGGAACAAGAUCCUAGGAACAGCAAGGUAAGCAGCAGCUCCGGCCUGCUGCAGUCCGAGAUUGCAAAGGCUACACCACAUUCUCCUGAAAGAAAAGGUAUUGCUGCGCAUAACGAGCCCACGAGUACUACAACAUUUACGCCUGGAAGGCAACGCUGUGAUGAACAACUUGGUCUAAAUGGCAACGUAAACAUAACCAGUGAUGUGGGAGAUUUUAUUUUACCCAGUAGCUGCAAGAGAUACACCAAUAUUGAGAAUUUAAGUGUCUACCAAACAACAGAAAACUCUCCUCUUACAGAGUACGACUGUAAAACGGAACGUACAAAUGAAAAAGAUGCUUCAGCAGAUAUAUUUGGCGAUAGUUCAUCUGAAGGGACUCCAUUCACAAUGAGUGACUGUAGUUCUUUAGCAGACCUUGAACUGGAACAGCCUGACGUUAGUGGCAACCUGCCGGUCUGUCAGGCGUCACUAGAGGAAGCCGAUACGAACAGUGGAACUGAGAAGUUCUCAACACUGCCAGAGUCUCCAAAUAUUGCUGCUGAACUCCAGCAUGUCGGGAAAAAUGAAGAUGAGACCACUGCGUAUUUUGAAACCGCUGUUAAUUAUGGAUCAGAUACCAUCAUGCCUGAAACGGCAUCACCCUACGCUGAUAAAUGUGGUGACCAUGUAAGCAUGUCAGAUUCAGACACAGGUAGCUCUUCGAGUCAAGAAGUUCCUGAUACGUUUGAUUGUUUUACUAAUGCAGAGCCAACAGUACAAAACUCUACUUCUGAUUCUCUCCACAAUCAAAGUACAAAUUUUGGUAAUACGUUACUUUCGUUAAAACAUUCUCCCACGUAUGACACAGAUACAGAGAACGCUCCUGAAGAGGCUGAAUGGCAGCUGUAUCAGUUUCCCACUGAACCACAGCAUUCCCUCAGCUUCAGUCCCAGUCGACAGAAAGAAAACGCACCAGAGGGAAGUACAGACGAGCACACAGAUAGGAACUCCUCCGAAAAGAAUCAUGGUGAAGGGGACAUCACAUUAAGAGGAAACACGAGUACAUCUGAGGACAAUGAUUUUAUUUUUGCUCCCAUUGAUAUGGGUUUGAAUGAAAUUGUUAAAACAACAUCGCUACUGCGUUCCAGCAGCGAAUCCUCUCUUCAAUCUCUGCCUGAACACGCAGCUGAAAUACAUUUUACGGUUAUUACAGAGAAAGAUGACUUGGCACCACAGAAGCAGGUGAACACAACUAAGGCUUGUGCAGAUAAAAUGCAAAGAGGUUUUAAUGAGAAAGGCUGUGAUGGAUACACAGAAUUACAGGAUACCGGCAACUGUAGUCUGCCCAAAGAAACACAGUCUUAUCUUAUGGCAGAUUUGCUGCAUCUUCACUCCUCUGGGAAAACACAGUCACUCUUCAACACAGAAGGUCAUUUCCAACUGGGUCAGAGUGAUGAGGAUGCUUAUUCCUUCUCAGUCCCGCAAGGCUUCUUCAAUGAAAGCACACAAGACGGUUCAUGUUCAUUCCCACAGAAGCCUACAGGAAGUAUAAUCUCCGAAAGCGCUGAUUCCAGCAAGACGGAGGAUGACACUACUUUGACAGGACUGGAGAACAAUUCUACAACAGCUGUCAGCCUCCAAAAUUCAAGUGAAAAACUCAGUCAAAAAAGUCAGACCAAUUUAGGACAGGGCCAGUUUUUUGUUAAGAAAAAAAGAGCAUUUGAUGGAUUUGCUAAUCUUUUGCAAAGCAGGAGAACAAACUUCAAUAGUUGA